AUGGUUGUCGAUGGCCAAGAAGCCCCAGUUGUCGAAGGAGCCCAAGUUGAGCAGCAAAUGAACGAAGCAGCCCAAAACGAGCAAAGACCAGCUCAACAAAAGACUGGAAAAAUGAUCGACGAUGGAAAUGUUGGCAACAGCGCCAAAAUGUUUGUUGGAGGCCUUUCGAAAAACACCACCACUGAAAGCUUAAAAGCCUACUUCUCCAACUUCGGCGAAGUCCAGGACGUCGUCGUCAAAGUAGAUCCAAACACGCAACAGUCACGUGGCUUCGGCUUCGUUCUUUUCAUCAACGAAGAGUCGGUCGAAGCUGUCGUCGCCCAACAACACCACGAACUUGACGGCAAAAAGAUCGAUCCUAAAAAAGCUCAACGACGCGAUGGAAAGAUGUUCGUUGGCGGCGUUCUUCCAGCGACUACCGACGACGAAAUCAAAGCCUAUUUCGAGCAAUUCGGAGAAGUCGAAGAAAUCAUCCGUCCAGUAAACAAAGAGUCCAACGAGAACAAACCCUUCUGCUUCGUUCUUUUCAAGCGCGAUGGUGUUCUCUCCAAGUGUACAAAACAACGAUUCCACGAGAUUAACGGCAAGCGAUGCGAAUGCAAAGCUUCGUUUCCCAAGGAUGGCCAACAAGGAGGCGGCAUGCGAGGUGGUCGAGGAAACUACCACGGAGGUAAUCAAUUUGGCGGUGGACACUUUGCUGGCGGUUUCGGCGGUGGAUAUGGAGGACAAUAUGGUGGUGGAUUCGGCGGACAAAGCUACGGAGCACCGCAAGGCGGAUAUGGAGGAUACCCACCACAGCAGGGAUACGGCGGAUACCAAGGAGGUCCAGGUGGGCCAUCUCCUUACGGCGGCGGGUACGGCGGAAACCAGCAGCAAUACGGUGGCGGACGCGGUGGCAGUGGAGGUCGAGGCGGCGCUCCCGGUGGACGAGGAGGCCGAGGUCGUGGGGGCCCCCGACAAGGCUUCUCUCCUUACUAG